GUUUCGCGCUGCCUCUUUCUCUCUGUCGUUUCGCUUGCUAACGUACGUCGGCGUGCGCGCUCCUGAGUUUUGCUGAAUUUUUUAAAUAAUUUUAAAGGAAAACAACUAAAAAAUGGCAGACAAAACCCAACAAGCCAAGGAAGUCGAAUCCACCGUUGAAGAGGUAGAAAAGACCAAGGCUGAGGAGAAGACCAAGGUCGAGGAAAAAUCAGUGGAGAAGGAAGAACCCGCCAAAGUAGAAAACGGCGAAGCGGAAAAUGGAGACAGCAAAGAGGAAGAAACGGGAGAGGACGAAAAGAAGGAAAAAAAUGGGGAACCCGAAAAGGAUGCCUGUGCAGUGAAGAGGAAAUCCACGGGAGGCGGCGAUGCCACGGACAGCAAGCCGGAGGACGGCGCCACCCCCGAGAAAAAGGCCAAGCUGGACGAGGCCAAAGUCGUAGCCUAAUUUCGAAUAAUCCUUAAGUUUCAAUUGUUUUAUAGAUUAUAAAUAUCCAUAUUGUAUAUGUAUAAUGGUAGGGUUAAGGAAAACGUGGUGGGUGCUGGCGAACCCUAGCAUUGCACGUAUUUCGAUACAUGACACCACUACUUUAGGGAAUUGCAUUUAUUUUUAAGUUUUGGCAUACCUGAGAGCGUUUCUGCGGAGAUGUCGGUGUUUCUAGAAUCUUACGGUGUAUUGUUAGCGAGCGGGUGCCAAGAUUUUAGAGGUGUGUUUGUGUACUUAAUUUUUUUUUUACUGCAUUUCUGACUAGAUUAGUUUAUUUCCAAUAGUACGAUGUCCCAGUGUUGUGAAUUUAAUGUAAUAUAUUACGACGGCACGCGGCGUGUGUCUUAGGAUGUUUAAGAGUUCCGUUAUUGUAAAAUGUGGUGAAUCUCUAGGAGCCAGCUCUGCCAUUACCUCACUAACAGUGGUUUCUCAAUGUGUUCAUAUCAAAAGGGAAAAAAACCUACUACUAAUUUUUGUACUGCUUCUCUUUUAUACUAAAUUCGUUUGAAUGAUAAUGUUUGUUGUAAUAUCUGCCGACUAACAGUAUUCUACGAUAGUACGAGUAAUAAUCCUGAUGGAGCAUUCUAUGCCAUGUGGUACAAAUAUAUUUGUAUUUUAUUAGUGGUAUGGCAAUAAAGAGUUAGUUUCCAGUAUUA